AUCUGGCAACCCUGCUCUUUCCGCCACUCUUCAAUAACAUCACUGGGACUCUACCGAGAGAGCGUGGGCUUUGAGGAGAACAGACGUUUACGUCUUAUAGUUCGUCUCGAGGACUUUACUGACAUCGUCAAAUAAGGUGCAAUGGUGGAAGAGGAGCAAUUUGUGAAUAUAGACUUGAAUGAUGACAACAUCUGUACCAUCUGUAAGCUGGACACAGACACUGGAACGCUGUCCUUCUGUCACGUCUGCUUCGAGCUGAGCAUUGAGGGUGUGCCCACUGCCUCUCUGCUGCACUCCACAUCUUUGCGUGGGCACAGGGACUGCUUUGAGAAGUACCAUCUCAUUGCCAACCAGAAGGUCUCACAUGCCAAGGCCUCACGCAGUACCUAUGAGGGUGUCAAGCGGGCACUCAGCCAGCAGCUCAGACGCAUUGUGCAGUAUGCCCAGAACAGAGACUCUGGCUCCAAGCACCAGCUCCUGUUUCACACACAGCAGGGUGACAGGAACUUGAUGCCCCAGUCAUGUGCCCAGGUCCCUCGAUAUGCCCCUCGCUGGGUGGAGGGUACGUGUUCAGGUAAAUCAGAGGAUCUGGAACUCGUGCAGGACUCUGGGCAGCUCUGGGGCAAUGGUCAAAAGCACACAUUGCAGGGAGGAGGAGCAGAUCAGCGGGAGAGACAUUUAUUCAGCCAAGAGAAAUUGGUGAAAAUGACUGUGGAAGAGCUUCAUCAGCUGAAGUCCCAGCUGCUGCUUCAGAUUCAAGAGGUGUUUGAAAAUCUUUCAGUAGCUGUGCAGGAGAAGGACUCAUUGACAUCCCAGCUCCAUGUCCGCCACAUUGCCAUUGAGCAGCUCUUUAAGAACUGCGGCAAACUCCCAUGGCUUCAGAUUGGUCGUGCAGGGGUCAAAACCAACAAUGCCUCAGUGGAGUGAAGUGUGAGUUGUUCCUGGUGGAUUAAAGAACAGUCUCCAGGUUUGUGGAGAGCAGAAAAAAGGUUAUACUCGAGUCAUUUGCUUUUCACUCCCUGUGAAUCUUUUUAUUAAAAGGGUUGAGAAGUUUAUUGUCUCCUGUUCAGAAACGGCAAGAACAAUUUUGAAAGAGAUUUAACACGUGAAAUUUUGGACCUUCUUUAAGCUGGACCUGUGUUUACUAUGCAGACUGAGGUCAGACUGACCAUGGCCUCAUCAACAUUAACUUGAAUAACGUUUUUAUUACUUUUGUUAUGAAAUGUUUUAACAUUUCUAUUUAUUGCUCUUUUUUGUUUUGUUGUUUUAGUACCUUUUUUUUUAUAGCAGCAGAUGUCUCUAUAACUGUGUUUGAAAGAGUCUGGUGGGUUGGGCUCUGGUGUAACUGUGGUAAUGGUUGCUUAGUUAUGAAGGGGGUGAUUUCUCUCUGAUUGCUGCAGUGGGAUUGUGGUUUAUAAAACACUUUUCUCUGUUGUGUACCAGUGCAAAACAAUAUAAAGAUUGGAUAUUUAAACCUUAGGCUUCCACAAGAUGUUUGACAAUGCCACUGAAUCUGCUACAAUUUGAUUUAUUAGGCUCUUGUAGAUACCUGGGAAUCUUUGCUCAAAAUUUAGGGUCUGCUGUUAAUUGUAAAUGAUGAUGAUGUAGAGAAGGACUUAUUCAAGUAUCACAGUUAUAGUCAAAGCUCCUUGCUAAUCUUGUUAAGACAUUAGAUUUUAGUUCUUGUGAUCGUUGCCUGGUUUCAUUUCAAGCUAAGCUUUUGAAUCAAUGCACUGCUUUUUUGUGAGUCUAAAAGUCCCCUUUAUGCUCUUCCUAGGUAGGUUAGGAUAUCAUUGGUUAUCCGAUAAUCAAAUAUUCCUGUAUGUUUAAUUACUUGAGGCUGUUUAAUAGGGAUUUUAUGCACCUUAAAAGGGCCUAACCAAAGUCUUGCCAUAAGGUAACAUAAUUUAGUGUUUAUUUUUUUUUAAGUGUAGUUGGAUGAAUGAAAGGACAUUUAUGCACAUUUUCAUUUCCUUGAGAUCUUUUUUUAGCCUUUAAAUAUGUCAUCAUUUUUUUAAAUUGUGAACUUAAUAUGUAGUGUUUAUUUAUUUAGAAACUUACUGUAUAAUAUUAUUUUAGAAUUUCAUACAUUUUGCCCAAGAUAAACUCUUGAGGUGAGGGCGCCAUCUGGUGGUUGUACCAAAAACUCUUCACAAUUAGAUCACUUAAUGCAGCCUACUGACAGCAAAUUGACACUGAACUUUAUUUUUUUUAAACAUAGCUGUUUGAAUGUGUCAUUUUAAAUGUAAAAAGUAUUUUGUUUAGAGAAAAAAAUGCUUCUCUUUGUAAGAGACAUAUUUUACUUGACCCAAUAGUGGGUUGUAUGAAAAGUGUUGUGCAUGUUUGGUGCUUGAUAUGCUAUACAAAGUUGAACUGUGUUCUCAUCAGCAUUAUUGUAUGCAUGUCAGUUCUGCUUAUAUAUAACUGUAAAGCUGUCAGAUUUUGUGUUGAAUUUUAUAGUUUGAGUCUUAAAGCCCAUGUACUUUUUCAGGCUAAUAACAAUGGAUUGAGAAUGCAGACUUUGGAUUUCAACAGAUAUCUGGGGCUACAGGGUUACAUACAAACUGCCUACCAAAUCAAUUGUUAAUUUAAAGUAAUGUUUUGGCACAUACAAUUGUGAGUUUGAGCACAUACAAUUGUGAGUUUGGUGUUCAGUUUUCUUUUUAUUUUUAAAUGUGUGUUUGGUUUGGUUUGGUUUGGUUUGGUUUGCAUAUUGUGUGGUUUUGUGUUUGUUUCUCCAACAGCCCAUGCAAUAAUGUGUGAUUGUGUGGUGGUCUGAGUGAUGAUUCAUAUGUUAUCUUUAAAACCAGUAAAUAAAUAUACACAAUAUUUUAUUAAA